AUGGUUGGGGGAGUGGGGGUCAGGAAAGAAGGAUUUUAUUUUGGAAGGAGAUGGUUAAAAUGGGAAGGAACUGGGGAGGUUGUGUUGUCUGGUCACACUGUCAUCGAGACUUCUCACGUUGGAGGCACUGGUCGGGCAGUCUGGUGCUGCGGUCGCCAGGACAUCGCACGGUCUGUGUGCUGGGACGUGCGCGGGGUUGCUGGAAUGCGUAUCAUGUUGCACGGAACACGCGGGGCGGGUCAUGCAAGUGAGUCGCGCACAGCGUGGGCCACACUGUCUAUGCGGGCUACUCUGCGGGUCGCACAAUCUUCACGUGGCUUGCGAUGUUUACCUGCGCGGUUGUGCACGGUCUAUGCGCAGGUCACGCGCGGCUGCGGCUGGUGGUGCUGCGCACGCCGGUGGAUGCGUCUUCCUCCAAUUGUGGUGCUCUCCUAG